AUACCUUUUCAUGAGUGGCUAUUAGCGUGAUUUAGUAAAAGUCCUGGUAUUCACAAACCUGGCAGGAACGCCUGGGGCUAUAAGAAGCCUUUAAGCAUUUCUUUACUGAGACAAGAGAAGGGCCGCCGACCCAAGGACGGCGACGUCACUUCCGGGCGCCUGAGUAGUGCAGGCGCCCGCAGUUUCUCAAGAAGGGGAAUGGAGACUGCUCGCGCACGCGUCUUUCCUGUCCCAAGCUUUUGCUCACCACCAACAAAGACUCCGUUGCUUUCCAGCAACAGAUUCCAGCUGUGUUGUCCAAAACUAAUUCUUCUGGAGAGGCUGUGGGAGCUCACGACUGAAAUCUGCGCGUAGUUUACUCUCAGCCCAGUCACUGCAGGAAGUAUUUGUAGAGUAACAAAUAUGCUAAUGUUAAGAAAGACAGCAGGAGCUAUUCCCAAGCCCCCAAAGAGUAAAGUUUAUGGAUUUUUAAGAAGAUUUACUGUUCAUCCCAGAACUCUCUCUUGUCAUAAACUGGUCCUGGGAAUUGAAACCAGCUGUGAUGACACAGGAGCUGCUGUGGUGGAUGAAACUGGGAAUGUGCUGGGGGAAGCGCUGCACUCCCAAACUCAGGUUCAUCUGAAAACAGGUGGGAUUGUUCCUCCAGUAGCUCAACAGCUUCACAGAGAAAAUAUUCAACGAGUAGUAGAAGAAACUCUCUCUGCCAGUAGAGUCACCCCAAGCGAUCUCUCAGCAAUCGCAGCUACCAUCAAACCAGGACUGGCCCUGAGCUUGGGAGUUGGCUUAUCCUUUAGCUUACAGCUAGUAAAUCGGUUUAAAAAGCCAUUCAUCCCGAUUCAUCACAUGGAGGCUCACGCACUGACUAUUAGGCUCACCAAUAAAGUAGAAUUUCCUUUUUUAGUUCUUUUGAUUUCUGGCGGUCACUGCCUGUUGGCGUUAGUCCAAGGUGUUUCCGAUUUCCUCCUCCUUGGGAAGUCUUUGGACAUAGCGCCAGGCGACAUGCUUGACAAGGUGGCAAGAAGACUUUCUUUAAUCAAACAUCCAGAAUGUUCUACAAUGAGUGGUGGAAAAGCUAUAGAACAUUUGGCCAAAGAAGGAAAUCGAUUCCAUUUUACUAUCAAUCCACCUAUGCAGAAUGCUAAGAAUUGCGAUUUUUCUUUUACGGGACUUCAACAUGUUACUGAUAAGCUAAUAACACACAAGGAAAAAGAAGAAGGCAUUGAGAAGGGGCAAAUCCUGUCAUCAGCUGCAGACAUUGCCGCUGCGGUACAGCAUGCAACAGCGUGCCACCUUGCGAAAAGAACACAUCGUGCUAUUCUGUUUUGCAAGCAGAAAAAUUUGCUAUCUCCAGCUAACGCAGUACUAGUUGUAUCUGGAGGUGUUGCAAGUAACUUGUACAUCCGAAAAGCAUUGGAAAUUGUCGCAAAUGCAACACAGUGCACGUUGUUGUGUCCCCCUCCAAGACUGUGCACUGACAAUGGCAUCAUGAUUGCAUGGAAUGGAAUUGAACGAUUACGUGCUGGCUUGGGCAUUUUACAUGAUGUAGAAGACAUCCGAUAUGAGCCAAAAUGUCCUCUUGGAGUAGACAUAUCCAGAGAAGUUGCAGAAGCUGCCAUAAAAGUACCACGAUUAAAAAUGGCACUUUGAUUUGUGAUUUUAAAGGUCUCUACAGGCAAUAACUGACAUGCAAUUCAAUUCCAUAUGAAACUCUGGGAAGAAAACCUACUCAGUACAAACAACGUCCAUUCGAACAACACAAAUGCCAUCCCCUGAAGAUGCUGUGUAUUUUACCACAAUAAACAGUAUGUUUUGGAAAAAAAAAAAGUCAAGAAUCAUUUCGUGUUUCAAAUGUUUUUUGUUUUUUGUUUUUAAUUAUUGGCUUUCUACAGGGUCUGGGUUGGCGUUCUGUUCAUCUUUCCCAAGUUUGUUCAAAAACACUAUUCUUGGUCUUGAUACAUUUAUGAUAUCUGAUGAAACUCCAGAUAGAAAUAAAAAAAUGUUGUGGGAAA